AACCAGAUCCGCCCGUCUUACAAAUAAAACGCCACACGAGUUAGUUGCACAGGUUGGGGCUGUUGUCAUUCUGCAGAGACGGGACGCAAACUACCAAAAAGGCGAGCGAGGAAAAAAAAUGACUGAUCAUCACAAAAGAAAGCUCCUGGAGUUUGUGCGUUCAGCGCCUCGGAGAAACUGAUUGCAGUAUAUAUAUAUAAAAAACAAAGGAGCUGCAGUGAACGACGGGAAACCGACGCUAAGCUGCGUUUUCACCAGCGGCUGUGGGAGCGGAGUGUGUGUGCGUGCGUGGGUGCGUGGGGGGGAUGUCGGGGAGGAGCGCAGGAGCGCCCCGGGGAUGCAGCAACCCCAGCCUGCAGCCCCUCCGGGCCACCGUCCCCUUCCAGCUCCAGAGAGGCUCCGCUCUUCUGCUUGGCAGAGAGCUCAAAGCGGUUGAGAAAACCACGGCUCGUCCACCGAGACCCACGAUUCGUCGGACUCUCUCCUUGGAUACAAUCGUGGGACCAUAUCUGCAGGGCCAGUGGCCCAAAGAGGCAGAGGGCACCGCGUCUGCCUGUGUCAAUGACAAAGCCACCCAGACUCCAUGUUCCUGGACAGACGAGACCCAGGGAAGGAAAAGUGUGGGUGGGCACAAGCGCUCGGCGUCUUGGGGCAGCGCAGAGCACCUGAAGGAGGUGGCCAAACUGAGGCACCAUCUGCAGAAACGCUCCAGGAAUGCGCCUCCCUCUGCAGGAUAUGAGCUCCCCCACAGCACACUGUCGCCAGGACAAGCAGCUGGCGUAACUCAGACAGUACCCAUGAUGCCUCUGAACAGACUUGCACCGCGACUGAGACGGAGCGUUGAGGGUCUCAGCUUGGAGCUGGAGGAGGUGUUUGUGUCUGAGAAACCAGUUGAGCAACAUGAGAUUUUGGAUAUCCCAGACGGCCACAGGGCCCCCGUCCCCGCUCAGAGAUGCAGCAGCGGCUCUCAGAGUGAACCCUCUCCAGGACCCUUGGAUCCUUCCCUCCUGUCUCCUUCCCAGUCUCCAUGUCCUCUUGAUUCUUCGCCCCUGUCUGCUUCAAGUUCUCCGUGCCACCUUAAUGCGUCACCUUUGUCCCCAUUCCCACCGCUGUGUCCCAUGUUGGAGCCAGGUUGGACUCUGGACCGUGUCGACACCGAAAUAUCCGUUUUCAGCUCCCGUGUUUGUAGCGGCAGUGAUGACGUGUGUGUCUGUGCAGAGCCUGCAGACUGUGAGGGCUUGUGUCCUUCUCCAUCAGCAUUGCCUCCUCCAUUUGCACUGGAACCUCCUCCGCUGCAGCCCUACUCCUCUUCCCCUCGUCCAAACAAAACCUACUCCUUCCAGCGCGAACCGCCAGAAGGCUGUGAGCGAGUUCGAGUAUGCGAGGAAGCAAUGUCUGCCGGUCAAGACGAGCAUCCCCUCCAGCCCUCUUGCCCGGACCCUAAUAAAGUCAACUUUACCCCCCAUGGUGGCUCUGCUUUCUGCCCAGUCAGCCUUCUGAAACCCCUGCUGCCCUCCAUGGACCUCCUUUUUCGCGGCUUGUCUGUGUCUCCCGUCACUGGCUGCUCCGGUCAGGCGUCUCCUACCAGGAAUCUGGGCUUGCAGUAGGUGGAAAACUGAGCAGGGUCUCUCAGGACUACGCAACAAUGCACUGCCAGGACCUGGAACACUUGAUAAUGUUUUUUUAUGCAGACUGACAAUUCAGUGUCUCAUCACUGUGAGCCUGUUGACUAUUACUCUCUGUGACUGUAAGCGUUUCUUUCCUUCCAUGCUUUAGGAUAAAGUGGCCUGAAGUUCUGUUGGUUUCUUAAUUUCUUUGGCCUGAAAGAUAUUUUUUUCCUGUAAAUUUUUAUGCAUCAUUGAGACUACUUUUAUUAUGUGAUUCAACCUUAUGAGACAAAGAUUAGACUUCAGGAUAUAAGUUGCCGAUGUGUUAGAAAUCCAUCCUUUUACAUAUAUUGCCUGUUUUCAGAAAAGAACAAAAAAGAGGGUUUGGUUUUACUGAAAUCUCCCAGGUUUUUUUAUUUUUUUUAUUUUUCAUGUCAAAGUAAGUGAAUUUAUUUCAAAAAGGCAAGCACUUACAUUUAAAUCGCUUUUACAGUCUAUCAUAAACAUGAAAACAAGUAUACGGUGGAUUUUUAUGCUAAAUGCGUUGUCUAAAAAGAAGUAUUUCAAAACUUAUCCCUUACAUUUCUACGUAUGUUAGAUUAAACAAUAUUUAUUUUCGGACUUUUUAAGGAUACGCUGUUAUGUAUUUGACAAAGAAAUGUUGUUUUUUAUGUUUAAAAUGCAUAUCACGAGUAGGAGUUAACGUUUUGGUAGAUUUCCUUGUCUAAAACUAAUUACAUCCAAA